AUUUCCACAGCAGUCAUUUAGGAUAAAUAGCCACACACAGUGUGAAUUAGUUUUUAUUUCCAUUCAGCGCAUGCUGUUGCACUUUAUUUACUGAGUGCUCUUUGCAAGGUUCUUGCUGCUUACACAGCUUUUACUCUGCCUGAAACUUUCUCCGGGUCAUGGUUUACCCAGGAGAACGACAACCUACAGAUACAAAGUGGAUAAAUAAAGAUAGGAAAGACUCUAACAGUAAUCAGAACAGAAGUAAUUUACAGCUUCCCAGUCUGUCGUCUGAAAGAGGCACAGUUUAUGAAAGCUCUUCCACGAAGCGUCAUGGCGUUUGUAAUUCAGAAAGUCAGUAUGGGAAUUCUGAAGAGUUCCACGAAUAUUUUGGUACCAGUAGAAGUUUGAAGAAUCGCAACCUUCAAAGCCAGAGAUGGCAUAGAUCAAGAAAUGAUAGCACAUGUACCAGAAGUAAGAUAAGGCAAAGUACUGCUGAUGCUGCUGUAGGUCCAGGAAUUUCAGAUGCUGCAAUAGUACCUGGGAGAAGAGCACCUCCUAGAGUAUACAAUGACCUUCUUUCCUCAGAGAGUGACAAGGAGGUACCUAAUGCAGAUAGCAGAGGAGCAAAGCCAAAGAAAACACAUAUGAUGCAUGCGUCUGGAAGAGGUUUCAGGGAGAAAGGGAAGCAAGUACAUGAACGGGAAAAGAGAGUGAGCUCUAAGCAGAAAGCAGAGCUGUUUGAAAAUGUACCAUCUUUGGAUUUGACUCAGUCUGACUCUUCAGAAUCAUCUGUUGGAAAGGCAUUCUGUGAUGCACCUGUUGGUAGUGGGGAUGAGCAGAAAGGCUGCAAUUAUGUAACCAAAAGAUAUCCCCGGAAGCCUGUGUGGAAUAAACCCCCAGCAGAUAAGGAGUGUCAGAAAAGACAUGAUUCUCACCGUAGUAAAAAUACAAAAGUAAGUAAGAAGUAUUCUCUUGCAUAUACUCCAAAAGAUAAAAAUGAGAGGAAGAAAGAACUCUCCGUUCACAAAAAUGAUGAAAACUUGACCAGUGAAACCAAGCAUCAGUUGUCUGAUUCUGUCAGAUGUAAUGGAAGAAAGUUCCUGCUAAAGGGGGAUCAGGCACCUGCACUUCACUUCAGCUGGACCCAGUACUGGAAAAAGCAAAGUGACAUACCAAAAAACAAAGAAACUCAUACAGGGUCAUUGAUUGAACAGUUGACCACAGAGAAAUACGAGUGCAUGGUGUGCUGUGAGGUGGUCCGAAUAGUAGCCCCAGUGUGGAGCUGUCAGAAUUGUUACCAUGUGUUCCACCUGAAUUGCAUUAAGAAGUGGGCACGGUCGCCAGCUUCACAAGCUGAAGAUGGUAAUAGUGGUUGGAGAUGUCCAGCGUGUCAGAAUGCUUCUACACAAAUUCCUAAAAUUUACACUUGUUUCUGUGGUAAGGUGCACAAUCCUGAAUGGAAUAGAAACGAAAUCCCACAUAGCUGUGGGGAGCUUUGUGGAAAGAAGAGACAGUGUUUGGACUGUCCACAUCUUUGUAAUAUCCUUUGUCAUCCGGGACCUUGCCCUUCAUGCCCAGCCUUUGUAACAAAAACAUGUGAAUGUGGACAAACAAGUCAUUCAGUGCGCUGUGGACAGUCAACAAAAAUUAAUUGUUCUAAUGUUUGUGGAAAUACUUUAAACUGUGGUAAGCACAGCUGUACUCAAGUGUGCCAUGCAGGAAAAUGUUCACCUUGCCAACUAACAGUACAGCAGGUGUGUUACUGUGGAAGCAACUUUAAAGAAGUAUUGUGUGGGACAAAGGAAGAAUUCUUUGAUGGAUUUGGGAGUUUCUCAUGUCAAAAUACAUGUGGCAAAAAAUUAAAUUGUGGGAGGCACAACUGUAUGCAAAUAUGCCAUCCUCAGCCUUGUCAGCUCUGUCCACGACUUCCACAAGUAGUGUAUCGCUGUCCCUGUGGUCAGACUCCUCUCAGCAAGUUACUGGAACUAGGAUGUGUGGAACGUAAAAUAUGCACAGACCCUAUCCCAUCGUGUGGAAAAACAUGUGGCAAACCUCUUUCUUGUGGUAGCUCUGAGUUCGUUCAUACAUGUGAAAGUCUUUGCCACGAAGGAGACUGUAAACCAUGUUCUCACACAUCAAAUAUUUAUUGUAGGUGUGGCUUUAAAAAAAAGGAAGUCCCAUGCGCUCUCCUUAGAAAUAAAGCUGCUAUUACAUUCAUGUGCGACAAGCGAUGCAACAAGAAAAGAUCAUGUGGACGACACAAGUGUAAUGAAGUUUGCUGUGUGGACACAGAACAUAAGUGUUCUUUGGUUUGUGGUCGUAAGCUCAACUGUGGGCUUCAUAGAUGUGAAGAACCUUGUCAUCGAGGCAGUUGUCAAACAUGCUGGCAAACAAGUUUUGAUGAGUUAACUUGUUAUUGUGGUGAAUCCAUAAUUUACCCCCCUGUACCCUGUGGCACUCAGCCGCCAGAGUGUAAAAAAACAUGCACCAGGCCACAUGACUGUGAUCAUCCAGUGUACCAUUCAUGUCAUAGUGAAGAGAAAUGUCCACCCUGUACUUAUCUCACUCAGAAAUGGUGUAUGGGCAAGCAUGAACUGCGAAGUAAUAUUCCUUGUCAUCUCACUGACAUUUCCUGUGGACUUCGCUGCAAUCAAAUGUUAAAAUGUGGAAUGCACAAAUGUAAAAGAAUCUGUCAUAAAGGAGAAUGUCUUAUAGAUGAAGAGUGUAAACAGCCAUGUACUGUUCCAAGGCUCUAUUGUAAUCAUCCCUGUAUGGCUCCCUGCCAUCCGUCUUCACCCUGCCCAACAACGUCCUGCAAUGCAAAGGUUGAUCUUCAGUGUGAAUGUGGAAGAAGAAAGGAGAGUAUGAUUUGUUCAGAAGCAUCUAAUACUUAUCAAAGAAUAGCUGCUAUAUCUAUAGCCACUAAAUUAACAGAUCUACAGCUUGGGGAUUCAGUGGAAAUCAGUAGGCUUAUUACGAAAAAAGAAAUGAAGCAGGCCAGGUUGCAAUGUGAUGAAGAAUGCUUAGUUCUUCAGAGGAAUAGGCGUCUUGCUGAGGCUCUUGAAAUAGAUGAUACUUCAGACCCUUUUAGCGUUCGUUCUUCUGGACCAAAGUACAGUGAACUUUUAAAAGAAGAUGCGAGGAAGGAUUUAAAAUUUGUCAGUGACAUUGAGAAAGAAAUGAGAAUGCUUGUGGAAGCUGUGAAUAAGGGCAAGCAUACAAAGAAGAGCCAUUGUUACCCACCAAUGAACAGAGAUCACCGCAGGAUCAUCCAUGAAUUAGCUCAGGUUUAUGGCAUUGAAAGUGUGAGCUAUGACAACGAACCAAAGCGUAAUGUUGUUAUCACUGCAGUGAAAGGGAAAUCCAUUUGUCCAAGCAGUACCUUAACUUCCGUGCUAGAUAAAGAAAUGCAGAGCAGGCCUCCACCUCCUAUUCCUCAUUACAAACAAACAGAUAAGAGUAGUGGAAACAGUGGUUUAUCCAAGCCAUUAAAAGAAGAGCCAGUGAUUGACUACUUUGAUGUCCAGGACUGAAGUAUUUGAUACAGAAUUAUGAUACAGAAGCUUAGAGGUGAAGAUACUAAGUUAUUGUUUGAGCAGCUUUUUGAUUAUCUGUCAAAUGAUCCAUUGUUCAGCAUAUUCAUUAUUUAACAUCUAAAUUUAAGUUGAUUGUGAUUCUUCAGAAAGUUAUGCAUUUUUACAGUUUAUUUAACUGCAUAAUACCUAACAGUAAUAUGCCUUUCUAAACCUGGGCUUGGUGCAACUUUUUAUCUAAUGUGCUGUCAGAAUGAUGUAAGACUUCCACUGAUGCCUUUGAAGUGAGGGAACUGGUAAUCAAAUAUAUUUUUGGGGGUAGUAAGAACAAUGAUAAAUCUGAGAGAUUUAUUUUGAUAAAUCUAACACAGCUUAAAAUGAACCAUAAAUAAUCUGUGUUAAAAAACACUAAUGGGAUUGUCAUUGAAGUGUUUUCGUAUUUUAUUUAUCACUUCAGUAUUAAUGUGAUAAAUUUGAGAAAUUGAGUUACUCUGGAAGGAAAUAUAAAAUUUAGUCUAAGUAGGAAUAUGUACACUAAAUGCCCAUUAAGAGCACAGACUUCCUUUGGCAUCUGAAGAAUCAGGAUUUGGGGAAGGUGGGGAAUUAAGACAUUUUGCUUUAUCUCAAAUUUGAUGUGUAAAAAAAGAAACAAAAUAAUAAAAAACCUCAACAACAAAAAAAAAAGCAAAACAAAAUAACAACAAAACUAUUACUAGUCAUUUGUUAUUCAAGUCCUUGAACAAAAUCAGAUGUUAUAUAUUAUUUUGGUGUUUUAUUUCUUUUAAUUUGUAUUUAGAUAUGUUAGGUCUUCUGGGGGGGUUGCAUGAUUUUAUUGGGGGUUUAUAAUCUUUUUCUGUACUGUGCAAGCUUAAGGUGACGUGUGAAGUUUGGUUUAAUUAUGUUAUGAAUUUGGAACAAUAUUUGUAAAAUUUCUAAGACCAUAUGUCUAAACUUUGGUUGCCAGAAACAAAAUGGGAUGGAUGCUGAUUUAAACAGUGAAAGACACCAAAGUGGUCUCACAGGGAGUAAAUUGUUUCCAGGUGAUGAGUUAAGGCAGACGUGUAGCUCUCUGGGAGAGAUCGUAGGUCUGAUCAGAAGUGUUACAACUCUGGAUUUGAGUAAUAUCUGUCCACUUUUGCAGAUAAGUUUUGUUGAAUUAAUAACUUUAGUAAUACUGACACUGAUGCACUCUGUUUCUAGUUUCUUGUGCCUGGCCACAUGCAGCACUAGAGGUGAGUCCCCUGUACAGCAUCAGGGGCUGCGGCUAAAAGGGGCUUAGUGUAAUGAAGAAAGAGAUCUAGCAGCAGACUUGUCAGCAGUUGUUGAUUUAUUCUUCAGUCAGGUCACUACAGUGUAGUGUGAGAUUUGGUGCCAAGAAAAUUAAAAGCAAUUAUCCAUUCACUUACAGUUAUCACACAACCCGGAGCCUUAGCUGUGAAGCAUUCUGUGGCUACAUUUCAUCUUGAGCAGCUUAGGAAACAUGAAAGCACGAGCAGCAAACUUACAGAACAUAUCUGUCCACCAAAAUGUUUUGAAAGUUAAAAUGCAUGCUGUUACUACCUAUUUUUUUAGGAGCUUAUUAUUUCACAUAAAAAAAAAAAAACAGUGUUACAUGUUUCUAAGCAUUUGAAAAAGGUAUUUGCUUCAGAUAAAACGGUUACCAGAAGGAUUCUCAAUGCUCAAGUGUGCUCAGGCUUUUAAUUUGCAUGUAGUGGUUUAUAUUGGUUUUAUCUUUGUUGUUUAACUUUUUGUGAACAGAAAUUAAAAAUAAAUUAACAUAGCUUAUAUUGCCAUUAUUUCUUAGGCAAGUUUGUGUUUGAUUCUACAAGGUGUACUGCUUUGCUAAGUUCAGCUGUAGAAAUAAGUUGCUCAGCAUCUUUCCAGGAAUAUAUUUCUUCAAUCCCUUCAUUCUCAGGAGUGUAUCUAUUCCAGUUCUUGCAGGCAAGUGCCAGCUCAGUGUGGUCAGACAAAGGCUAAUUCUGGUUUUAAAACUCAGAGCUGUGUUAAUAUAGCACUGUUUUUGAGCUACUAACGCCUGGUAGGGAGAAAGUACAUGGUUAUACUGCAAAGGUGCGUUCUGGACAGGACCUGUCACACACAUCCAGUGAGAGUAUACAGUUGGAGGCACAUACACUGGAGCAUGCACAGUUGGUGUACCACAGGUAGACCUGAUGUUACAGAAAACCAGUGUGAUUUAGUUGAUAAUAAAUAGAAUAAAGCUGAAGCCUAUAAGCUUUUCACACAGUUUUACACGAGCAUAGCUAAAACUUCACAUUUGCACCUUUGAUUAGAAAUGUAAAACUUGAAAGUUUUUAAUAGCAUUAUAUUUAGCUCUGCUCUUUGGAAUUUGUAUCAUUUGUGGCUUUAACAUAAAAAUGUGGACCUUGGCGAGAUGCACUUCAACAGUCAAGUAUUCUGCCACUGCUUUUUCAUAAGAAAAUCCAGGUAAUCUUCAGCUUCUCAGUGUCAGACUAAUAAUUCUUACUGAGUCUCUUCAUACUGAGAAAUCAAUAAUUCUCAUCCCUAAACCUCUUAACUACACGAAUAUUAAAACACUUUUAUAGAUCUGUGUGUUAAACAUACCUGAAUCAUGGCUGUUGGAGCGUAUCUGAAGUUACGAAGCAAGUCACACGUACAGAAACACUGAUUUUGAAAAACAUGUUAAUAAUUUGGUUAAAAACAUGGUACCAUACAUUCACCCAGGAAAGUAAUACCAAAAAGAAUGUAUUCUUGUCUUUCUUUCCAGAACACGGUAAACAACCUUAAGAAUGAACUCAGCAAAGUUUAACAGUAGUGUUCUGCUUUACUUUUGCUGCAAUGUAUCUGUGACUUUCAUAUGGAAUAGUACUAAAGGCUGUAGCUUUGGUAUCUGUGAUAAUUCAUCUUCAUAUUGCAUGUGUGCCUAUUUUGUAAAUCUGACCUGGCCUUUACACCUUUUAUCGAGCAGAAAAAUGAGUGGAUAAAAGAAAUCUUUGCAUCAGUGAGGUCAGUGGCAAAAAUCCUAUUGACAUCACUGGAACCAAGACAUAAGCUUCGAUAUGCUAGUCAUUUCCCACAGCCCUAAGGAUAAUACUGUUUCUUGUAAAUUUAUUUGAAAAAACAUUACUCUGCAAUAAGCAUCUUUUGAAAUGAAUUGUUAUGUCAGCUGGAAUUCAUGCAACUUCAUGAAGUGCUUUUAAAAUUGUGUGUAAAAUAAGCAGAUAGUUUGGCAUUUGGGCUGUGCUCUUACCUAUCUAUAUUGUUUAACAUGUGAAAAGUGCGCUGAGUAUUCAAUGCUUGGAUUUCACCUAAAAAUGUGUAAGAUGCAUAAGUAGACUUCAAACCACUGUUUCUGUGGCAAUUUUGUACAAUAUCUGCCGCAUAAUGAAGUGAGCAAAGUAAAGUUGUUCUAAAACACUUAUUCUUAAGUCAUUUGUUGAAAGUUUUAUAUUUGACUUAAUUUUUUGAAGUUACUGGUAUAAAAUUACUUUCUUUGAAAACCCGAAAUAAAUACAAGUUGAAAGUUCAGUGCUUUGGAUUUGUUUGCAAGCUUUGUCUUCAUGUUCCAAAGUUGGAAGGCUGAGAUGUCACAGUGCUACAAUAAAGAUUUAAAUGGAAGAUUGAGAUGUCCCUUUUUCUCAACUUUUGAAAUAGGAGUUAUGAUUUCCUGGAUUUGAAGUGAUUUUAAAUGAAUGCUGUAAGGAGAAUGAGGCAAGUAAAAAGGGACUCCUCAGGAAAUGUAGAGUAUGGAUUACCUGCUACCUUCCUGGGAUUCAGAAUUACAGUAGAGAUUAUUAUCUGAAAGAAAUGUCCAUUUUGGUUAUCUGAAAAACCCAUUACUAUGUUAGCCUAAAUGCUACUUGGCAAUAAAAUACAUUAUUUUAACUUA